AGGUAACUUAAUACUGAUUUUAUGUUGGUGGAUAAAAUUUAGUCAACCUUUAUGAAGUUACUGAGGGCUUAUUUACACUUCAAAAUUAGGUAGACUAUAUUUAGGUCGACCUACAGCCACCACAGUAGCUCAGUCAGCUGUUGGUGUCCUUACUAUCCUCCUUCUGUCGGUGGUGUAUGUCCUCCCCAGGAGUGCUUGCACCAGCUGAAGUGGGGGUACUGAUAGCCACGUGGGACUCACAGCUGCAACCGUUCACCCCCCGCCCCAUGCCUGAAGGUGACAGCCUGGGGCGGGACUCAUUUUCACAGAGUUUUUAUAGAUUUUGUUUAGUAUCGAUUUUGUUUAGUAUCAAGCAGUAGCGUGCAGAAGCAGGAUUAGGGGUCCGUUUGUUGUAAGCCCUAGACAAAGGCCAUGGUCUCUGUCCCAAAGUGCUACAAUCCAAGGCUGUAGUCCAGCAGUCAGAUCUGCUGCAGUUUGGAGUUUUAUGCCUGCAUGGAGUUUUACUGAAGUGAGUGGGGAACCACAUUGAACACAGACCCCCUGUGGAUCAGAUAGCAAUGUUCUUAGGCUCAUACUCUGCAAACUUGUUUACUAGAUUUUUAAAAAAACACCCUCAAAGCCAAACUAAUUAUCACUGCUCUACUAAUGCUGUACUUAAAUGUAUCUAGAUUAUUUUAACAGAAAUUGGAAUUCUCUACCGUCCCAGUUGCUACUAAGCACAUCAGUCAGGCUUAUAGGCUCCAAUGCUUCAAAGCUUAUUCAUCUUCAAAGAACCUCCCCUCCUGACUGGUGUGUUAAAGCCAAAUAUUAAGUUGCGACAGGCAGAGAGGAUAUUUGAAAACCAACUUAUUGGACCCGAAUCCAUUGCCAAUAUUGGUGAUGUGCUGUUUACUGGCACAGCUGAUGGAAAGAUUCUAAAAAUUGAAGAUGGGGAAAUAAAAACGUUAGCCAGACUUGGCCACGGUCCAUGCAGAACCAGGGAAGAUGAGCCCACCUGCGGGAGACCCCUUGGCAUCAGAGUUGGGCCAACUAAUACCCUGUUUGUGGCAGAUGCGUAUUACGGAAUAUAUGAAAUUGAUACUGUCACAGGUGACGUGAAAAUGCUAUUAUCAACCAGUGAACCAGUUGAGGAUCACAAAUUGUCCUUUGUGAAUGACCUCACAUUGACUCGGGAUGGGAGGAAAAUCUUCUUCACAGACUCCAGCAGUAAAUGGCAAAGGAGGGAUUAUUCAUUCUUGGUUAUGGAAGGCACAGAUGAUGGACGCCUGCUUGAAUAUGACACUGUGACAAAAGAAGUGAAAGUCUUAAUGGUAGGACUGAGGUUUCCGAAUGGAGUCCAGCUCUCUCCUGCUGAAGAUUUUGUGUUGGUAGCAGAAACGACCUUAGCUAGAAUAAGGAGAUACUAUGUCUCUGGAUUAAUGAAAGGUGGAGCAGAUAUGUUUGUAGAAAAUAUGCCCGGCUUUCCAGAUAAUAUCCGGUUAAGCAGCUCUGGGGGAUACUGGGUAGCCAUGUCAGCUGUUCGACCCAAUCCUGGAUUUUCUUUGGUGGAUUUUAUAUCUGAAAAACCAUGGAUUAAAAGAAUAAUAUUUAAGUUGCUAAGUCAAGAAACUGUGAUAAAGUUUGUGCCCAAGUAUAGCCUUGUCGUUGAACUUAGCGAAACUGGAUCCUACAGAAGAAGCUUUCAUGAUCCCAAUGGAAUGGUGGUGACUUAUGUUAGUGAGGCACAUGAACACAACGGAUAUCUUUACCUGGGCUCCUUCAGGUCUCCGUUUAUUUGCAGACUUAACCUUGAGCAUGUGUAACUGUCCGUACAAAAUGAAAUGCCAUUGUUAUCCUGAAACAUUCUAGAAUUGUAAAAAGAAGAUUGCAGCAAUGUUUGGCCGAGAGAGAGAUGGAAAUGCAUCCAUUAUGUGCAGCAGGGAAAUCCUAUGCUACUGUGUUGCUAUAGGAAAAUGUGUAUGGUUUGCUGUAUUUGUCUCUUUUUUUGCUUUAACUAAUUCAUGUUUUUAAAAUGACAUGCAUAAAAUUAAUGUCCAUAGGGAGUAAAGAGACAAGUAAAUACAACCAAAUGCUUUUGUUAAACAAAGCCUGUUGCACUCAUUACAAUCACAAAGUUGCUUCUCUUAAUUUUGAGCUGUCUUAAAGGCAUCUGUCAACUUUUAAUAGGAGUUGAGUUCAAAAUAUUACACUGGAUAUAGGUAAAUGGUUUUAGUGAAGUAACUGUAUUGAAGAGAGGAUGUCUUGCAUGUGUUUACGUCCAAUUUAGAUCCUACUCUGUAGGCAUGGUUUAAAAAAAAAUUAUGCACAUUCACAUGUCAUACCAUACUUCAGUGUUAGAUUCAGUAACCACCAGAACAUGCCUAGAAAUCUAGUCACAUCAGUUAGAUUUCUUCAAUUCAAUCUAUCUAAUGAGAAUAUGAAACUAUACUUGACUGUUAAGUGACACAAAAUAUUUUACCUGUGAUAUUUUGUCUGUGAAUGCUCUUUCUUAUAGUAUUGUAGUUACUUGACAAUGAUGGUAGUUAUAUUUUAUACACUAUUAAACAGAACAUUGGUUCAACUAGGUUUUAAAUAGUGUAUUUACGUUACUGUUCAUUAUGUGGGGGUAGUGCCUUUUAUGUGCUCUGCUGCACUUCUCAAACAAAGUAUGAAAUAGUGUUUACUUGAUUGUUAUGCUGAGAGAUACAAUAUCACAGGCAUAUACUGCAAAUUAUUUCAUUGUGCUUGCCUUUCACUCUGGUUUGACAGGGCUGAGUUAACAAAAACUAAGCAUCUUUUAGCUCAUGCCAGUAGUAUUCACAUGUGGCAGUUAGAGUGCAACAUUUCAGUGCGCUUUGAAAUUUACACCACGUGGUGCGCAUGAUGGAACAGUGUAGACAAGCCCAGAGUUUCUGUUUAAAGUUAAAUUUUCAGUCCAUCCGACAGAUCUACAUGUCCUUUGUGAUUGGCUUGAAUACUAGUAUUCCAGAUCAUGGCCCAGGGUGUGGUUUGGUGCAAAUUUGUGAGGUUGUUUACUCAAGGGUUUCCUGAGACACAUCUCCCCAAAGAAGGACCUGUGUUUUGAAACUCCAAAAUUCUCAACAAUUGCUUGUGCAGAUGGGGGAUUGGUGGUGGAAGGGAGGAUCCACGUGAAAUGUGGAUCACUGGUAUCCCUGCAGGGGUGAUUGUCCGGCACCAAGAACAAAGCCUAAAAUAAAAAAAAAUAGUUUCCUUUUGGCUUUAUGGAGCAACCACUGGAUUGUUGUGUGCUGAGCUUGACUCGUAGCCACUCAAGCAUGCUGUGCAGACCCAGAGUACGUCUACGUAUCGAGCUGGAGGUGUGACUCCCAGCUCAAGAAGACAUACUUGUGCUAGCUUUGAUCAAGGUAACGUGCCAACAGUAGAGAAGCAGUGGAAGGGGCUACCCGCUCCAAGAAUAGACCCAUUGAAAACCAUGAGCAUGUAAUUGGGGUGGCAAGCGGCUCACAUUGCCAUUACUUUUACCCAUACUAGUUCUGACCAAGCUAGCAUGCUGUGUGUCCUUCAACUUAGUCACACCUCCAGCUCAAAGAGUAGGAUAUGUCGUGGUUGGCUACCAGGGGAAUGGGUCUAGGAGCUGUGCUCUGUAGUUAUGAAGUCUGACUCUUUACUUUGUUCUCUCCAGGCCUCCUGGCAUGUUCAGAAGGGGCAGAAUUGAUAGCUGCACAAAUUGCAAUGGAAGUGAUUUGAACUUCCAGGCAACAUCUUGGUUCUCUCUGAGCUGUGUAUGAAACACAGUAGUUUCAAAGUUAACACUUACCCCAUCUCCUCUGCUGUUUUUUGGACAAGGGAUUGGAAUAUAGAGAAGUGUAAAUGGGAAGGAGAGAUUAAAUAUAACAGGACUAGAAACAGAAUUGCUUGUGGAGGUGGUGUGUCUGGACUCUGUCCCAGAGAAAUGGCUAUUCAUUCAAUGGAGCUAAUGGACUAGGGUGAUCCUUCUCUAUACUGAGAAAAAGGGUAGGUGAAGUAAUAUCUUUUAUUGGACCAACUUCUGCUGAUGGAGGGGACAAGCUUUUGAAAUACACAGAGUUCUUCAGAUGUAGAUAUUAAGCCUUUAUGCUUUAGCUUGGCAAGAAAACUAAAAGCAUGAGCACAUAAUCCUGCACAAUUUACUUAGAUGGUGUAAAAUCUGCCUGUCCAGGCUCUGAGAGCAAGUAUAAUAUAGAUUAAUUUUUUUAAGAGUGUUCAAACACAUCAAAAUUUGAUGCGUAAAGUAUGGAUCACAUUAUGGUAUAUGGUAUUAAUGUAAUAAGCAAUGUGUCAGAUGA